GGCUUUUGCUAAACAAGAUAUGUGUCUAUAUGAAAGAAUUAUGGAUUUUGUCCAUGGGGCUAACAUUUACUAGCCGGAGUCCAAUAUGAAGAAGGGGUCAGCCCACUUACCUAUUAAGUUGAUGGAGUUCGGGAAUGAAUGAAUGAAUAUGGCUCUUAUAAACCCUCCUUCCGUUAUUACGGAGUACUAUCGAAGUAACCUCUGAAACUUUUGCUGUAAAAAGUUAAAACCCACCAAAAUCUUCCCUCCAAUUUCCGUAAGAGCGAAAUCCAUAUGCUCACUCAACAACCAAAUUCUGGAGACUCCCAAUAAUCGAAGCCAUAAACCUUCCUCAGCGCUUCCGUCUUCUCUACUUGUACUGUCGCCGCUGUCCUUCUGAGCUGAGGAGGCGAGUUCAUGGGCAAAGACGAUGAAGAGAUGAGAGGUGAGGUGGAGGAGAGGCAAAUUAACGAGGAGUACAAGAUUUGGAAGAAAAAUACCCCCUUCCUCUAUGAUCUUGUUAUCACUCACGCGCUUGAGUGGCCGUCGCUUACGGUCGAAUGGCUUCCCGGCCGGGAAGAGCUGCCUGGGAAGGAUUACUCUGUCCAAAAGGUUAUUCUUGGGACACACACUUCGGAAAAUGAGCCAAACUACCUUAUGAUCGCCAAGGUCCAGCUCCCGCUAGAGGAUGCUGAAAAUGAUGCCCGCCAGUAUGAUGACGAUCGGUCGGAUUUCGGAGGUUUCGGCUGUGCCAAUGGAAAGGUACAAAUAAUCCAGCAAAUAAAUCAUGAAGGAGAGGUGAACAGAGCCCGUUAUAUGCCUCAAAAUCCAUUUAUCAUUGCCACGAAGACAGUUAAUGCCGAAGUCUAUGUUUUCGACUAUAGCAAACAUCCAUCAAAGCCUCCACUCGAUGGUGCAUGCAACCCUGAUUUGAGAUUAAGAGGUCACAACACUGAAGGUUAUGGUUUGUCGUGGAGUCAUUUUAAGCAGGGUCAUUUGUUAAGUGGGUCAGAUGAUGCUCAGAUUUGCCUUUGGGAUAUUAAUGCCACCCCAAAGAGUAAGGCCCUUGAUGCCAUGCAGAUAUUUAAGAUUCAUGAGGGAGUGGUUGAGGAUGUAGCAUGGCAUCUGAGGCAUGAAUAUUUGUUUGGAUCGGUUGGAGAUGAUCAAUAUUUACACGUAUGGGAUCUACGCACUCCAUCAGUCACCAAGCCUAUGCAGUCUGUGGUUGCUCAUAAUGGUGAGGUUAACUGCUUGGCAUUCAAUCCAUUUAAUGAGUGGGUUGUAGCAACUGGAUCUACUGACAAGACAGUCAAAUUGUUUGACCUGCGCAAGAUUACUUCUGCACUCCAUACCUUUGAAUCCCACAAGGAGGAGGUGUUCCAGGUUGGGUGGAAUCCAAAGAACGAGACUAUCCUAGCUUCUUGUUGCCUUGGCAGGAGGCUAAUGGUCUGGGAUCUUAGCAGGAUCGAUGAAGAGCAAACGCCAGAGGAUGCUGAAGAUGGACCACCUGAGCUGCUCUUUAUUCAUGGAGGGCAUACAAGUAAAAUUUCAGACUUCUCAUGGAAUCCGUGUGAAGAUUGGGUAGUUGCCAGUGUAGCUGAAGACAACAUUCUGCAGAUAUGGCAGAUGGCUGAGAACAUUUACCAUGAUGAUGACGAUCUGGCAGGAGAUGACGCCACCAAAGCUCCCUAGUCCAGGUGGAGAAAUGUACGAAGGAUCGUAUGUGGAAUUUCAUGGUUUAGAGGGUGGUCUGGAGAUUUUCUAUUUAAUUUUUAUUUACUUACUGUUGGAAUUAGGUUCUGUUAGGUUCUGUUGGUAUUAUAAGUUCUUUUUCUCCUUGCAUGUUCUAGCUCUUAAUCUCCACCCACCCCGGAUUUGGUUCUUCGGAACUAUUUAGAUAGCAACUCAGCUUAUUUUUAUUGCCAUAAGGUUGAGGAUCUUGAAGUUUUUCCGUAAUUACAAGGCUCCUUUGAUGAAACGAUUUUCAUGUCCUUGUUAGUGAAAGCUGACGAAGAAAAUGUGUUUCAUAC